UUGCAUGACGAUAGGAAUAUGCAAAAUUGCUUUCGAACGAAAUGGCUGCCGUUUGUGCCGUGAAUUUCGUGCGAGAGAGGAAUCGGCGGAUUUUUAACAUCAUUUCGUGUCCAUCGAUGUUUGCUUUUUUUGGGAAAUUGCGAGAAGGUUCGUCACUACGAAACGACGAAAUUUCAUGACGAUCUGGGCGUUAAUGGCGAUAAAAAUCCGUCGAGAAGAUGCCAAGUUGUGAACAAUCUUCGCUCAAAUUUGCUUGCGAAAAGUUGACUAACGUGUAGUGAAACAGGAGGAGAUCUACCAUUAUUUUGCUUAUACACAAUGUUGCAUAAUGUUGGUUGAGUGUUUACAGCGAGGACAACUCAAAGUUAUUCAACUCGUGUGAGAAGUUCUCUGAGUCAAGGAGGAGAUCUACCAUUAUUUCGCUUAUACACAAUGUUGUAUAAUGUUGGUUGAGUGUUUACAGCGAGGACAACUCAAAGUUAUUCAACUCAUGUGAGAAGUUCUCUGAGUCAAGGAGGAGAUCUACCAUUAUUUUGCUUAUACACAAUGUUGUAUAAUGUUGGUUGAGUGUUUACAGCGAGGACAACUCAAAGUUAUUCAACUCGUGUGAGAAGUUCUCUGAGUCAAGGAGGAGAUCUACCAUUAUUUUGCGUAUACACAAUGUUGUAUAAUGUUGGUUGAGUGUUUACAGCGAGGACAACUCAAAGUUAUUCAACUCGUGUGAGAAGUUCUCUGAGUCAAGGGGAUUGUGAAGUUGAUAUUUAAAGACAACAAUGGAUCCAUUGAAAGCCAAAGCUAAUUAUUCCAGGAUAUGUCAUUUGUUGGUAGAUAAAGGUGGAGAUGUUUUGAGAAAUGCUUUGCAUGCGGUGCAUCCACCUUCCACCUUAGCUUCCGUAUUGAAUGCAAACAAGAAGACCUUACAGAGAAUACGAUACAGUGUAAUUAAAGCCUCGCAAUGGGAUCUACUCUUCCCAAGAUCUGGUUCACCUGAUUCAAAAAACUUUGAUAUUACCCUAUUGACUGUCCUACUACGAAAUAUUUGUGGAUUGUCCGCACCAGCCACCGGAUGGAAUGUUAUGCCUCCAGUCAGCGAUACUUCUAUAUCUGCAAAUAUUUUAAGAGUCAAAAUGUUCAGAAAUGAAGUCUAUGGUCAUAUUCCGACUGCUGGUUUGGACGAUGUAACGUUUGAAACAUUGUGGCAAGAAAUUUCUGUUCCCUUAGUCAAAUUGGGAAUUCCUCAAAAUGAUAUUGAUGAAUUAAAGGUGGCUCCUCUUAGCCCUGAAGAAGAAAGUUAUAUUGAAAGAUUGAAAGAGUGGAAACAACAAGAGGAUGAUUUUAUGUCAAAAUUAAGUGAUGUUGAAAGUAAAGUAGUUAAAUUAACUAGGAAAGUUGAAAAUGUUCAUCCCUCGCAUGUCGAGCAACUGGCUAAAUUUAACUUUGCUGGAAAGAUUCGUGACCUUUCUAGAAAAUUUCAAGAUGGCACUAGAAAAUGGUUGUUUGAUAAACUUUCAAGUUGGUUUGGGAGUGAAAAAUCCAGGGUCUUCAUCUUAACUGCAGGUCCAGGCGUUGGAAAAAGUGUUUUGUCUGCAAAGCUUUGCGAGCUUUUUAGAGAACGUGGUCAACACGCAGCUCACCAUUUCUGUGACUUUCGAAAUUCUGAUUACAGCAAUCCUCAGAGAAUCCUCCAGUCCCUUGCCAGUCAAAUGUGUGAUAAUGUUGAAGGAUUUCGUGAUAAACUGACUGAAAUUCUUCGUCGUGAAAAUUCUCGUGACUCGCUGUCAGACGCAUUUCGUGUUCUUUUAAACGACCCCCUCCAUGCCCUUGACGGACACGAUCCAAUGUUGAUCAUCGUUGAUGCUUUGGACGAGAGCAAAACUGACGAAAAAAGCGAAUUAUUGGAGUUGAUAUCUGAGAGAUUUUGUGAACUGCCUGAUUGGAUUAAGAUAUUCAUUUCAAGUCGACCAGAGCUACAAGUACGAAAUAGUCUUGAACAUCUUCACCCGUGGGAAAUCCGUCCUGAUGACGAAGAUCACAACCACGACAUAGAGCUUUUCGUUCGUCAUAGUUUACCUAAUCUUGAUGAUAAAAGUAUAAGGUCAGUUAUUUCAAAGUGUAAGGGAUCGUUUUUGUACGCUUAUUACUUAGUCAUUGAAUUGAAAGAAAAGGGCGUGGGAAUUGAACCCGACCUAAGUGAUUACAUCUCCAACGGUAUUUCGGGAUAUUACGAAAAGCAGUUCAAACGUUUAGACAUAGGCCUCCAACAUUUCAAACAAGAUACCUCAUGUCUCUUAAACAGUUUCAUCAAUGUCGUUGCCGUUUCUAAGGAAGCGCUCCCAAUAAAAGUUCUCUUCGCAUGCAUGGGUCUCUCUAAAGACGAUUUUAAAAUCCGUAAAGCGGUUCUUGACCUAAUGUCAGAGAUUCUUCCAGUUUACGAUGGGUGUCUGACUGUUUAUCAUAAGUCAUUAUGGGAUUGGCUCACAUUGAACGGUUAUGAAGAACAUGCAUUCGUUGCAGAUGUUGAAGACGGCAAUAGACGUCUCUGGCGUGCUUGUAGGGAACAAUUCUACGAGAUAGAUGCUUUGAAGUCAGUUUUAGAAUUCCAAAUUUCAGCCGAGAAUAUGUACGCUUUAGAAAAUGGUUUCAAAUAUUUGGUCCAUACAGGCGAGGUAGAGGAAUUUCAUUGGUUGGUGCAUGUUGGUAUAAACUUCUUAAAACUAAAAUUUUUUGAUGAGUUGAGCGGGGAUUUUUUAAUGCGAAUUCUUGGCACGAACCGUUCUAAACUUUCCAAAGAUAUUUAUUGGGGUCUCAUUCAACACGUUUGUUUCUUCAAAAUGGUACAUAUUAGCUAUAUGUCUGAUAGAUUUAACGUUUAUAAAAAGGAACAUUGUUACGUAUAUUUGCAAGCACUCGCUAAUGGGCACUUUAAUUUUUUACAAGGUGCCGUCAAUUCCAAAAGUGUAGCUAGGGACAUCUUGGGUGGGACAAAUGAGAUUUGGAUAGAAUAUGUGACAACGGAAAGCCAUUCUAAUGUAAGCAUUGUCCCCCAAACUGUGUUUACAGAGGAUUCAUUUUCUGAUGUUUUAGCGUCACCGGAUCAGACGAUGCUUGCUUGCAUAGCUGCGGAUGAGGGAAAAUUUCAAAUGCUUAAAAUACCAGAUUUUACAACAAUCUUUGAGGCACAAAUUACUAUUGAAAGAGGUCUUUGCGAAUUCUCUGCCUUUUCUCCAGACUCUUCAUAUAUUUUAUACGAUUCAAUCCGAUUCUGCAUCAAUAUUAAAGAAAAGAAAGAGGUCCCCUUCAUUACGCACGGCCCCAAUGACAUCAGUUACUGUUCAUUUUCUUCAUGUGGAAUGAAACUUGUCACAUUAGGGAGAACGUCAAUCAAAGUGUGGGAUGUAAAAAGCAAGAAUAUAUUGGUUGAAGUUGAGAAUGUGUAUGGUUGGUGGUCUUAUUGUUUGUUUAGUAAUUGUAACUCGUACAUUCUUCUUUGGCCAAUGCGUGAGGAAAGAACUGGUUCUCCAGUCUUGAAUUACAUGAACGUCUUGAAUUCUGAAACUUUAGAAAAGAUUGAUAACAAGAAUAUUCGUGUUGACCAGAAUUUUUGUAGUAAUGAUUCCUUUCAAAUAUUUUCCCCGCCUGAUUCGUUUUCCGACUCGAAUGUUAAAAUGAAAAUGAAUUAUAUCUGUUUGCCAUCUGGUGAGAAAGUUAUAAUUUCCAAUAAAUAUUGUUCAAAAGUUUUUUUGUGGAAAAACAGAAAGUGUGUAGCAUUUACAAAUGAUUUGAAAAAUGAUUUCGCUUUAGUAGUGUUCGAUUUCAUAAAUCAAAAGAUCGUUGACGUGCUUGAGAUUGGAUUUUUGCCUCAUGAUACUCCUGUCAAUUACAUUUCGAAAUUAGAUGGGACGAGUUUCCUUUUAUCUUUAAGAUUUCCCAAAGUACUCAGUGUUUUAUCCUUCAAAUCUGUUCUCGAAUGGCCUGAUGCUACUUUUGUUGACAAUGCCAAAAUAGAGUGUCGUGCUCUCUCUCCAGACACUUCGUAUGUCGCGUGCUGUUUUGAAAAUUGCCUUCUUUCAAUAAGAAGUGUCGAUAGUGGGGAAACAUUGCAAACUGCUGCACUGAAACAACGAGCAUUAGCAUGUUGGUGGUCAGAGUCGUAUCUUUGGUUGGUCUGUGAAGGUCUGGUUGUUAAACAUCGUUAUGAGCCUAGGAGUGAAAAUAUCUUAGGAAGUCAACAUGAAGAAUCUAUUGUAAAUUUUGAACGUGUCCUUACCUUUAAAAAUGGAGUUCUUGUCAUUUACGGCGAUCGGAAACUUUCUAUUUUAAGAAUUUGUAACGAAAAACUGUGUUGUCAAGAAACGCCGUCAUGUAGGUUUACUGACCCUUUUGUUGCAAUAAGUUCUGAUGGGUGUGCUGUUAUGUUAUCUGAUUUCAUUUCGUGUUAUGAAUUGUGGGAAAUAAAAUGUGGCAACACGUGGAUUGUACGUUCAACCGGAGAGUUGAAUCUACCGCCUCUUCGGUUUAUGAAGAUGAUCGAUCCACAGGGUAAUGAAAUUGUUCAACCUAAAACCGGAAAACCGGAUCUUUGGUGGUCGUUUUUAUCUGAUACAAAAACGACUCGCAAUGCAGUGUUGUUGAUAAGACAUACUGAAAGUUAUGCGCUUAAUAUUCCUUUACUUUCUAUUACUUUCCCAAAUGAUGUCCAAAAUUUUCAUAACCUUCCUAUUGAAAAGUUUAGAAUGGCUGUUUAUAUCGAUUCUGAUUUGAUCGCUAUUUUCGCCAGUGAAUGGAUACAUUUUGUUAAGGUGUCGGAUGGCAGAAUUAUGGCUUCCAGACACUUUCGUAAUCUUCACUUUUUUAGCAGUGCAUCUCCUCCUUAUCCAUCUCCUUUCUUUCUUCCAUCAACGCGUUCCCUUCUGUUCGUUGACAGAAAUGGCAACAAAUAUUUCAAAAUUCAUAAUAUUGAAAAGUAUUUCUAAGAUUUCCUUUCUUGAUGUAAGUAGUUUAGAAUCUGAUUUCCUGUUUAAAUGCUAAAACCACGCGUAAAUCAAAACGUUCAGCUAUGAAACGUCCUGAAAUGCGAAAACCACGGAAAUCGUUGAAACUUUUUUUUUAGUUUUUCCUUUCGUGAUGUAAAUUGUUGAGCAUGGAAUUUCUUGUUUUAACGGCGAAACGCACGCAAAUUGUCUGAUAUAUAUAUUUUUUUAAAAAAAAGCCAAUUAACUUUAACAUAGUCAACGGA